AUGCAGACGCUGCUCAAGCUUAUCGGAAAGGAGUCCCGAGACUUGCCCUAUCGCGUGACACGCACCAUUCCUCUUGAUGAUCCGGCGCAAGUCUGGACUGUUCACGAUGCUGUUUCGACUCGCGACGAGAACGCUCCCCCGGUAACGCUGUUUCGUUUCGAGCGGCGACGACACCACGGAAGCCGGGCGGACGUCUGCGAGCAUCUCGCGAGGGCAGGCGUACAGCGGCUUCGAACAGUGAGACAUCCGGAUAUUUUGCGGUUUGUUGACUCGUCGGAACUAUCAGCUGGCGCAGCUCAGAGCGAGUCUCUGCAACUGGUGACAGAAGCAGUUGUUCCGUUGCAGUUUGUGUUGCGUUCUGAUCCAAUUUCGCUGACCGCGGAGACGAUUGUAUGGGGUUUAUUUUGUAUAGCGAGAGCUCUGCACUUCAUUCAUACAGAAAUGAAGUCCGUUCACGGUCGGCUAUCGCCGGCUACGGUUUUCGUGACAGCGGGAGGCGACUGGAAACUCGGCGGCCUGGAAGUUCUCACCGAGUCGGCGCAGUGGCAACGCCUGAGCGAGGCGCGGCACUUUCAGUUCGCCAACUACUGGCCUCCAGAACUUCAUACGCCCGUCCCGCCUGCUACCGCGAUACCGACGCACGCGUUGGACGCAUGGGCUUUUGGAUGUCUCAUGUAUGAGCUUUUCUCGGGCGGCCAAUACCAAACAGUAGACGAUUUGCGUCGUAUCCAGGUCAUUCCAGAGAAGCUGCGUUCCGUUUAUUCGCUAUUUUUAGCGGCUGAUAGCGCGAAACGCGCAGCGCUCCAGUCGUUUCUCACACAAGAGCACAUUUUGCAGAUGCCGUUCGUGCGUCUCAAUCUAGCGCUCGACCGUCUGCAGCUGAGCGAGCACUGGGAAAAACGCAGCACCAUGGAGUCUUUACUAGAGUCACUAGACAAACUGCCGCCAUCGUUUUGUGUCUACAAGGCAGCACCACUGCUGCAGCAGGCCAUUGACUUGGGCGUUGCGGAUCCAGCUGCCAUACGCGUGGUGUUACGCAUUCAUCGUCGUUUCGAGAACCGACAAGGACCGGAAACACGUGCAUUCAUGGAAGCGGUUGCACGCUGGCUACGCGCCAGUCCGAUCGACGUCCGGAAUGAAGUUGCCCAGGCACUGGACUGGCUGGUCGAGCGUGCAGAUACGAGUCAGUUGAAUGAGAUUUUGUUUCCGGCGAUGGUGGCCAACUUGCCGCGCCAAAUCACGAUCCAAACAGGGACAGCGUCGACAACAUCGCAGAGCACGUCGGAUCCAAGAGCGGGGUCACCCAGCGCGAUGGAGCAGGUCGUACCGCUGGCUUUGCGGGACAUGGUACUCAAGACGAUCGCCCGGAUAGCUCCGCGUUUGAGCGAACGGAAUCGCAAUCACGUCCUGAUGAACCAUUUCGCCAAGUUACAGCUGGAUCCGGAACCGGCAAUACGAACGAAUACUACGAUUUGUUUGGGCAAGAUCGCGACCCUUUUGAGUGCGACGACGCAGAAGAAGGUGCUUGUUGCGGCGUUCACGCGAGCGAUGCGCGACUCAUUCCCGCCCGCGCGCGCUGCGGGCAUCGCAGCCCUAGAGGCGACCGCUGACCUCUACGCUCGGGAUGAUAUGGUGAGUCGAAUUCUGCCGGCGCUCUGUCAAGGACUCGGCGAUAAAGUCGCUGAUGUGCGCGAACAGGCGUUUCGCGUCACAGACGCCUACCUGCGGCGUUUACGCACCAUGCAUGAGCAGGAGAAAGAACGAGAGGAUCGCGAGCGCGUCGCCGAGAUUCAGCCUGGCACGAGCACGGCGAGCGCGCUCGGGGCCAGAGCCGCCGCAUCGAAAAGCGACCGCGCAGGAUCGUGGCAUUUCGCAUCGCUCGCAGCCUCGCUGGUCGACGUAUUCGAUGCUACGAAGCAAGAACACGCUGCGGGCACAUCGCUGAACCGGGCGAGCCAAGCGAAUCACGCCGAAGCGGACAGACGCUCCGCUGUUGCAGGUGCUGCUUUGAAACCCAGCGCGCUCAAUGCCGAAGACAACGCGCUACUGUCGAUCACGCGUGAGACGCAAGCCAGCUCCGCGACACCGAUGAGCGCACGCGAUCGAGGGACGCGGCCCGAGGCGCCUCCAAAUGCAGCGCGCCUCUCAGCGGAGCAGUUUGCCGCACCGAUCGCAUCGCCCAGUGCGGACACGCAUCGACCUGCGGCGCUGUCCAGUACAGCGGUGCACGCAUCGAUGUCCAGUUUGUCCAGAUCCACACGUGCGCCUUCGGCAUCGCUCUGGGAGGCGGCGCUGGCGGAGGAAUGCAUGCGCACUGCGGAAGCGGCACGUUGCCGCGAUGCGCCAGCGGCGAUGCGUACGCGCUCGAAUGCGGGCGCGCCUGCUGCUGCUGCUGCUGCUGGAGGCGCAGCAGUGCAGCAGCCGCAGGGACCUGCAACGGAGCCGCUGGCGUCGGUACCGGACGCGAACGACUGGGCGCUGGUGUUGAACAGCGCGGACGCACGGCGACGGCGAGCAGUCAAGCUGGGUGCCAUGCGGCGGUCGACGUCGUGA